CGCGCGUACCAGGCCCAAACCCGCACCAACGCUGCGGUCGGGCACCGCUGACCCGCCGAGGCCAGUUCGCCCCGGCUCACUCACUCCCACGACGCGAUUCUCCCAUUUCACCGCGAAGCCUCUUGCCGUCCGCACCCCGCCUCGGCACGCGGCCGCCGCCGGCACACGCAGCGCAGCCUCCCCAGGAAGCGGAGGAGCGAGGGAUGGAGGAGGACUCGCCGGUGACGAAGACGGUGAAGGGCGCGGUGACGGGGCUCGCCGCGGGGACCAUCUGGGGCACCGUCGUAGCAACCUGGUACGACGUGCCGCGGGUGGAGCGCCACGUCGCGCUCCCGGGCCUCAUCCGAACGCUCAAGAUGUGCGGCACCUAUGGGGCCACCUUCGCCGCUGUCGGGGGCCUCUACAUCGGCGUCGAGCAGCUCGUGCAGAGCCAGCGCAAGAAGCGCGACUUCGUCAAUGGGGCCGUCGGCGCGUUCGUCGCUGGAGCAACCGUCUGCGGCUACAGAGGGAGGAGCAUUCAGUCAGCCCUCAUUGGAGGAUCCUGCCUGGCAUUCAUCUCUGCUGUCCUGGACAUUGGCGGCAAUACAACCAGAGUGGACAAUGGAAAAGAAUACUAUGCCUACACAACGCAGAAGAAGCCCGCUCAUUGAUUGAUGCUCUGUACUUGUAGCACGAAUCUUGCAAACCAUCAGCUCGGUGAAUUUUGAAGCUGGUGUAGUUUUAUGUCUGUUUUGCUGCUGCACUCGGUUCCUUUGCCAAUCCAUGGCAACUUGUUUAUCGCUGAUGUUUGAGAGGGACGGACAUUACUCUCAGAAUAAAUCUUUGAUUUGCUUUCUUGUGAUCAAUAAACGCAGUUUCUUCUGUUA